AUGUCUGGGCUCAAAGCCCGGCUCCCACUCAUCACUGGGGACUUGGGCAGACACCUCAAGCAUGUUACCGGUGCGGUGCAGCUGCACCCCUGGGGCGGGGGCCAGAGUCCCUCACAGCCGCGCUGCCUUCCCAGCGCCUGGCCUCGGGGGCGCUUGACAGGCGGUGCGGAGGGAACCCAGGGCUCGUCCUACGCUCUCCGGUGCUGCGCCCGGGGCUGGGCGCCCCCGCGCUCCGACCCCCAGCCGCCAGGCCUCCCCGCCGCGCCCCAGUCCCGCCCCGGAGGUCCUCCCCUCGGAACGGAGCCCCCGGCCUCCGGGAGCUCGGCCGCGCCCCUCCCGCCUCGCGCAGACCCUGCGUUCUCAGCUGGAGCCCGUCGGCGGACGCCGAGGAGCCGGGGCUCCCUCUGCCCAAGCGGGGCGAGGACGGCGGAGCGGAUCCAGGGCCCGGAAGCUGAGGCCGGGGCGCGGGUCUCCCUCGGCCUUGUCCCCAGCCCGGGUUGGGCCUUCCACGAGGCGUCCUCAGUUUCUUCCUGUGCAAGUGUUCCUCCGAGAAGCUUCUCCUCUAUGUGGGCCACAGCCUGGAAAGGAGCUCUGGCCGCUCAGGUUCCAGAUGUAGAGGGGCUGGACUACUCCAGCUCUGUGGACUCUGUCCCGGGUCCCUUGGACUUAACUCACUCUGCGAUUGGAGAAACCUCCCCUAGUCUCUGCUGCUGCUCUCAAAUUGGCCCACAGAGCUUCCCAGUGGCUACCUGCUGGCACUUUGUAGGCCUCCUGGCCUCAUGCCCAUCCUCCCGCCUGCCACUUCUUCUGGAGCAGACACCGAGGCUCCAGGUAGGUCUGUGGCUGGUGGUGGUGGUCAGCCCCACCCUCAUGUUUGGGAUUCCUGAUUUCACGGACUCUGGGUCAGAUGAGGCCUUCUGA